AUGAUUCCGCCCACUCCCAAAAAGCGACUAAGUGGAAUUGGUGUUGCUUCGUCCCAUGGCAGGCUUUACAAAGUUCUAGGAGAUUUUUUUUUGCUUGCAGGGAGAACAGAGGACGCCUCAAUAUGGUUCGCGAAGUCCUCCAUCGCGUUGUUCAAGCUACCAUCAGACACCGUAUGGCACGCUUCUGCGCUAGAGGGCUUGGCUGUCUUGUCUGUAUUGGAUGCGUGGUCGUCCGGUCAGGGAUUACAAGCUUCUUUCAGCAACUCUAGAGAGCCGUGGUCAGAUAUCUCGGAGAGAUUGAGUCAGGCCAUCACACUCUAUUCCAAAGCUGUGCCUUCAUCUUCAUCUGACGCGGAGCAACGCCUGGACAUACUGGCCUAUUUGUACUCUACAGCUGUUCUCCGACAGACUUCCCUUUUUUUUGCAACUUGGUCAGCUAAGGGCUGGGGCCCGCUCGCGUUUACGGCUAUGCUACAUCCCGGCCCUCUGCCCUAUAUACCACCAACUCUCGCAUACGCCGAGUAUAAUACUCCCGCGAACCGCGACCGCCUUUCGUCCAUCUCAGGCAUUACCGCCUCCCACAUAUCUGUUAUUCUCGCGCAGGCUCACGGUCCAUGGCUCCUGCACAUGGGCCAUCGUGAACGCAUCAUCAUACUUGAGGAAAUAGCGUCUAUGUAUUCCUCACUGGGAUAUCACCGCAAGGAGGCCUACAUUCUCCGGGAAGUUAUCGGCUGUGUUAUGGAUCUGAUGGUAUGUGGCCGGGAGGAAGCUGGAGACAUCGGUCUUGGGUAUGCUCUUGCAAAUGCUGCGAGCAUGAUGCAAGACAAGGGGGCUGUUGGUGUGAAGGAGAAUGAGCGGCCCGACGGAAAUGAGAGCGUUCUAAAGCUAGUGAAGCAUGUGUGCAAUGUCCACGGAGUCAAUCUUAGCGUAGUGAAGCUCAUUGACACUGGGUCAAUCACAAGUGACGGGCCCUUGGAGACGGAAGCCAGUCAGAACGAAGACCCAGAAGAGGUCAUACUCGAAGAUCCGUACGGAUGGCCCGAGCUUCAGGUAGGCAUCGUUCGUGAAGCUUUGGCUGUCGCGGAAGCCUUACCAGAUUCCCCAGCUGCUGCACAGUUUGCUUUGUCGGCGUUGAAAUCACUACACGCAGUCUUGAGCGAGGAGGAUCAAUACCAUUUCUACUACACCUCUGCUCGGGCACUGACUACAGCACGGCGCAGAGGAGACAAGAGAGUUAUCGAUUAUUGGUCUGGACGGCCUGUCGAUAGUAUCGAAAUAUUGCCGCUGCCACCCGUGAAGCUCCUCGUUGAGAACCCAAUGUCAAUCCUAUCUCCCCGUCAGUCACAUGGGGUUAGCAUCCUAACCGGAAUGACCGAUCCAUUCCUUUAUAAUCCUCGAAGGGCGUUUGCAUCUCAGGGACAAACAUUAGUGGUAAAGAAUGAAAUUCUGGAGCUUCGCUUAACCUUGCGCAAUCCAUAUGUCUUUAAUCUCGAGAUUGAAGCUUUGGCUCUCAGUACAUCCGGCGUGCCUUUUGAGUCGAAACCCAUAUCGGUUGUCAUACCAGCAAACUCUUUCCACUCGAUUACCAUGUCAGGCAAGCCAUUAGACACGGGCAUAUUGACUAUUCGGGGAUGCUUUGUUCAAGCGCCAGGGGGUGCUUCACACGAGUUUGUCUUGCCGCUCUCAACUUUGGAAGAAGAAGAUAAGAAAUCCCGUCGACGAAGCACAAUUGCUUGUGAAUCAGGGCGCUCUAAAUACCAUGGACUGGAAUCCCGUCCAUGGGAGAAAGCUGGAAAGAGGCUCAGUAUCCAGAAGAAAGGAACCAAAGCAUCAACGGAGUUGCGUCGCUUUCUGGAUUGCAAAGUCGUUCCAGAACAGCCGUUACUUCGAAUUCGAUGGAGCUCCCUUACGCACGGUGCUGUCAUGCUGUAUGAUGGUGAGACUUCGACCAUCCGUCUGACACUGGAAAAUGUCUCGUCACUACCGAUUGACUUCCUCCGGUUAACCUUUGAUGAUUCGACUAUUCCACCUGCACAGCAAGCGUUGGUUGACGGCGAACUUUCCGUCUUCGACACAUAUGAGACAGAGUAUGAAUUAAUCAGUCGACCAGUCUUUUCAUGGAGCUCAGAUCUGCAGCAAACCAAAAUUCCACCUCAUCGAAAGGUUACCAUUGUGAUUACAUGCCUUGGUAAAGUCGGUUGUACGAGUGGUGCGAUUCAUGUUGCAUAUGGCUACGUCCAUCGCAAACAAGACACUCUACAGAAACCGUCAGACGUUUUCCACACCAGACGGCUGUCAUAUCCUGUGCUGGUGACCGUGUACCACAUGCUGGAGUGCCAUCGAAUGGAUAUCCUGCCCUUUAGACCACAGGCGGUCUUCAAUUCAAAUGACGACCAAGGUGACAACAACAGUGAUACUGCACGAAAGAAGCUCUUGUGUGUCGAUGAAGAUAGCUGGUGCUUGUUCUCCAUAGACGUGCGGAACACGUAUGGCCUCCCGUUCGAGGUUACAUUCGACCGGAUACAAGAAGGCUCUCUACAUGCAUCUACCACAUGCUUAGUUGCACCAGGAUCAACAUCGCGCAUUGUUCUUCCUCUUAAAAAGUUCUUGCUUCCAGACGACAUUGCAUCACAGCCAAUACCUACCCUGUCAGACAGACAGUUUGUAGUGGCCAAGUCAAACCUUACCUCUGGAGAGGAGGUGGCACAGCGCGAACUGUUCUGGUACAGGGAGGAACUCUUUAAAUGCGUUCGCGGGCGCUGGCGCGAGGCUGGAGGUACCCGGUCUGGAGAGCUUUCGUUGCGACAGCAGAGAAUGAGUCUGCCCAUGCUAGAGAACCUACGGACCGAAAGUGCGAGAGUGUCGAUGUGUCUGGUUUGUCGCGACAAUGCCCUCGAUGACCCUUGGCAGACAGUAGACCAAAAGGAUAGCAAAUUCCUACCCAAAGCGUAUGACUUCGUCUAUCUUCAAAUAAAAGUCACGAAUUUGUCCCUGUCACCAUUGGUGCUCACUGUGGAUGUUCUUGCAGACCCUUCGGAUCACGUUAUCCAAGAGGGUGUUAUGUUAGAUAUACCUCUUGGAAAUCUAGACAGUGGUGAAUCACGGGAGAUUGAAACAGCUUUAUGUUUCGUGUCGUGUGGUCGAUUUGAAAUCACUGCAGAAGUUAGAGUGAUGGGUCUCAGUCGCGACGAGGGAAAGGUUGGGACCGGACUGCUGACGGCUAUCGUCCGAGAUGAGUAG